AUGAUGGAGAAGGAAAAGAUCACUUUCGUGGAUAAUUUAAGAAAAACGGAAGACGAAAGAAGACACAUUGAAAAGGAGACCAUUCUGGAAAGCUCUUCCAAUCUUCACUCUCAAGACGAAAUCGUGUCCACAUUUUCGAAGAUUCAAGAAGAAACCUGCCUGAAGUUUUUUAUGACUGCUUCAAACAGCACCAGGGAUAAAAUACUGUUUAUCAGCAAUCCGGAUAAAUUGAAAACGUGUCCUCCAAGCGCAUAUGAUUAUUCCAAAAGUGUUGUGGACAGGAGGAACACCAGCACGCUACUAUCACAAUCAGAGCGAGAUUAUAUCAACACACAUUACAACCAAGAAUGUAGUUCUGAUGAAAAGACCAUAGCUAGGCGGAGCGGUGAUGAGGCUUAUGAAACGGCUGCUUUGACGGACGAUAACUUGAAUUACUAUAAAGAUAAGGUGUGGCCGCUAGGUAUCUUGCUAUAUGGUAUUGAUGAGGAAUUACGUGGUACCACAGACCAUAACAUACUGUCUCACGCAAUGGCCACAAUAGAAGUGGCAACAAACGUCGUUUUCCAAGAAAUAAAAAAUGACAAAGUCCUCGCUGCUAAGAGUCUAUUAUGGUUCGGUAAGAAGGGAGAAGAUGGGCCUGCGUUUGGUGUGCAAGAUGGAAACCAGACGAUAAAUUUGUCAUCGAUGACGCACGGGGCGGCGGGGCACACAGCGCACACGAUCAACAACUUGAUGCGAGCUCUCGGCGUCCACAUGACGUCAAAUCGUUUCGAUAGAGACAACUAUGUUACGAUCAACUGGAACAACGUUUUGGAGGGUAAAGAGCACUACCUAGAGAGGGCGCCACAAGAGUCAUGGCUACACAUACCCUAUGACUUCGCGAGCGUGACUCACGCGCCGGCGAACUACAUGUGCGGGGUUUGCGAGCUCGGAGCUAGCACUGUCCAACCUAUACAGGAUCAUCAAUGGCAGCGUAUAAUAUCUAUGGGUCAUAAGACGGUGCUCACGGACGCUGACAGGCAAACGGUUAAUCUACUGUAUAGUGAGGAAUACCGCAAUCGGUUUAAUGGCGCGUGAAAUUUUGCGUUUGUAAUAUACUGUUUUAGCUUG